AUGCCUACGAAUGACUGCGUGCUCAUGGACAAAAUUAUUGAGGGAGAUGGUAAGACAAUUCCGUGCCAGGGCAGCAUUGUGACUCUUGACUACGUUGGGUUUCUGCCAGAUGGCAGAAAGUUUGACUCCACCAUUGAGCGUGGAAAACCGUUUGUGUUCCGUGUAGGGUGUGGUGAGGUCAUCAAGGGGUGGGAUGAGGGAAUUGUGCAGAUGUCAAAAGGUGAGCGGAGCCGUUUGACGAUACCACCGUCUUUGGCAUUUGGAUCCACUGGCUUCCCCGGCAUGAUUCCCCCCGACACUGUAAUUGUUUUCGAGGUGACACUACUGGACGUCUCUUGA